AUGAGGUCCUCCCUCCCGCGGAUUGCCCUCAAUGUCGGCCGUCAGAUACACACCUCCAUGAGGGGGCCCCGCCCUUGCCGUUCCUUCCACCUCACAACCGCCAACAACUUGCCCCGAAAGCGACACUUCUUUACGUCCAACCCAUAUUUGUCACAAUCGAGUGCAGAUUCCAAACCGGAAGCAGAGAAUUGGGGCAAAGACAGGUCGUCUCCCUCCACUCCGCAGCCCAAAAGGAAAACCACACGUGCAACCAAUGCAAAGAACUCGUUGCGACGAGUCGCGAUCAUUGCGCAGCAUCCCAAGCGAAGCAGCGCCGAUGGAGUGCCAGAGCCAAUUGCUGAGACAGUCGAUCCUACGAACCAAAUCAGUGCGACCUGUGUAGCCGAAGGUUUCAAGAUGCCCAUGGUUCUGGAUAUUCUCAGGUCUCAUGGCUUCUCGAUCAACCCGGAUGAUAUGGAGUUCGAUACCAACGAGGUCCUCCACGCGCGGGGCGUCAAUGGCGGCGACAUCUUCGUGUUUCCGUCCGGAACGAUCGUAACAUGGGCGCUGCCACCCGACGUCGUCACCAAACAACUCCUCCGAGCCGCUGAAGAUCCGCAUCCGGCCGAUGAGCGAGAGGUGGAGGACCUCGAGUUCACGUCGGACAACACCAAGGAAACCAGUCUGCUAAAGGGCGACGUCGUUGUCCUCGGAACAAGGAGGGAGCAUACGGACGGGGACAGGUUAGACACUACACUGGCCAAGGUUGCCUUCUCCUCUGGCCUGGCUCGCAGCAGCAAGCUGGCUGUGCUUGAGACCUCCCUCACCUCGUACUUUGAGAGCACGCGCAAUAUCCCCGCUCUACUGUCACAAGGUUCCGGCGUUCCUUAUGGCCGUCGGUUCAUUCUUCAAAAGACAGGCGAGCUUCUCAGCCUCCGGGCACGCCUGAAUCAUUACUCUGAGCUUACCGACUCCCUACCUGAUAUUUUAUGGGACAGCCGCUCCGAGCUUGGUCUGGAGGGCUAUUACGAGCAGGUUGGACGUGCCCUGGAUGUCAAUGUUCGCAUCCGAACUCUCAAUCAAAAGAUGGAUUAUGCGCAAGAAAUUGCAAGCAUCCUCAGAGAGAUGUCAAGCGAGCAGCAUGGAACCCGUCUGGAGGUGAUCAUCAUUCUUCUCAUUGCGGUUGAGGUCAUAUUCGAACUAAGGAAAAUAUUCCUUGAGUGGGUACAAGAGAGAGAAAUCACUCAGGAACUCGCCAAGUCUGUAUAA